AAUGCUUUUAAAAAGAUUAUUUUAAUUUUUAAUAGUCUUUUUUUAUGGUGCUUACGUGUGGCAGUUUCGUCUCUAUUAUUAAAAAUAGAGAGAUUUCGAGUAUUGUGUAUAUCAUUGUGAUGGUGAUACUCCUCAUAAAUGAUCUCCGUUGACAACGCUUGAAGAAUGUGAUCUAUUUGGCCCAUAGUAGCUUCCAUAAAAAUGACUUGAAAAGUCUAUCGAGAUGUUUACCCCCAAGUCCAUGUUACUUGAUAUGCGUAAAGGCUAUAAACUUCUGUCACUUAAUUAUGGUUAAUUUAAUAGUAUAUAUUAUCACCUUAUUAAAUUAUUUAGUCAUGAUAAAUUAAAAUUAUUUGAUAUAAAUAAUGGGUGUGGGUAAAUUUACCAUUCCAUUCUGAGCUAGUUAGUCCCAAUUGAAUCAUUGUUCUGUUAGGUAGAUAUGGUGUUUUUUUUUGAAUAUAUUAGUUCAUUGAUUUCUCAAUUGAAAGUAAAACUUGGUUGCUGGAACCAAAAGUUAGGCCGACUACUUUCUUCCUGCGACUUCUUUAGCCACUCCGCAUUUGUUGUAUUCAGACUGCCAUUUCAAUCACAUAGUAUGAUUUCUAAGAUGAGACAAUUACUAAAAUGUUCUUAGUAAGUUUUUAAUAAUGAUACUAAUUGAAAUUACUUCUUAAAUGUUCAAUCAGUAAAACAUUUUGACUAAUGCUUAGAUGAGGGAAUUAUCAAUAAAGUAAAAAGAAAAGCUUAAAUAGCCAAUCAACCGAGGGACCAAACUUUCCUACCCUACACUCCCAUUUACAUUUGUCCUUUUCCUAACCCUUUCCUUACCCUUUUCAUGAUUGACAUUAGUAUUUUCUUGGAUGCUUUAUUACUUUGACUCAUACUAUGUAAAGAUCUAAUUAAAGUCACACUUUAAUAACUGCAUCAAUUUUAACCAUGUGAGUUUAGCCAAGCAAAAUUAGUCUUAAAUUGGGAUAAAAAGGACAGAUAGCAAUACCUUGACGGCAAAUGUAAAGGAUUUUCCAAUUAUGAUGACCCUAUGUGCUUUAAUGACGACUUCUGGAUUCAACAAAAAGUUCCUUCAUAAGGGGAAGGGAAUGCAACUAUUUAUGAUUAUAAUAAUAUUUAAAAAGAAAAACACCAGGGUGUGAUUUAUUAAUUAACGAAGUUGACACAAAUCAUGAAGACUAGAAGUCUAAUUAAAUGAUUUUUUUUAUAUACGUUCAAAUUUUAGUGGUCAGAAUUGGUAAGUAUUGGUGAGGAGAUAAUAUGUACCUAAUAAGUUGAGAUAGAUUCAAGAAUGGUAAGACGAUGACAACAAGUGCUAGUUUUUUGAGUUCUAAAUUCAAUUUUUAUACAUUUUUAGUGGACACAUAUAUGAGAUUUGGACUGUAUUGCACUGCCAAAACUCAUAACUUACUGACGCCUUCAUCCGCUCAUGCUAAUGUGAUAACCGAGGUGAGCACAAGAGCAAAACCAAUAAGUAAUUGAAAAAAAUAAGCAAGGUGCGUACAAAAUGGCCCGGUAUAAAAAAAAUAUUAAAGGGUAACUAAAUGGUACUAACAGUGGCCCUCAGACCCAUGAGACAGAUUCUUUGGAAGAUGCUGUUAUUAUUAGUUCCCAGUUCCACCACAUAUUCACAUUCUUGUAUAAAUUUCUUGUCAUUUUUACUUUUCUUUUCUUGUUCAGAUAAAGAGGAUGUAAACUAAACUAGCGGAGAUGACAAGUUUAAUUUUUCACUCUCACUAUCCCCCUAAUUUCUCAACAAUAUUAGUUAGUCUUUAAAGCCAUCAAUCUCUUCAAACCGUUAAUCAAGAAAAUCUAUGGCUCAACAGAGAGAAGGGUGGCCACUUGGGCUGCAACCAUUGAUGAAUAUGAGAAAUGGCGGUUUUGAUGGAUCAAUUUCAUUCAAUACUUUGAUCACUUCUUCUUCCUCUCAUUGUUCUUCUGAUCUUGAUACUGAGUCUACUGCUUCAUUCUUUCAUGACAAGAGCAUAACUCUAGGAAGCCUCACUGGAAUUACAAGCAUUCUAGAGUUUUCAAGAAGAUCAACAAGAAGUAGAACAAUAGUGGAAACCAAAAUAAGGGACCCCAACAAGAAGGUUAGCAGUAACAAAUCAAGAACUCGGUUAUUUUCACUUUGCUCAAAGUUGAAUACUGAUGCAGUAAGCAUGAACAAUAAUAUUAAUUCUGCCCCAUCAUUAGGCCAUUUUCUUGAAGCAGAGAGAAAAGCAACAGCUACUUAUGGGCUUGAUGAUUUUAAUCAAUUAUCAAAUUAUUCAAAUGUGAACACUAAUUCAUUGUUCAUUGGCGGACAAAUUGCUCCUCCUCAUGAUGAAUCAAGUAAAGGGCUAUUUGAGCAAACUGAUCAAAGUGGGCAUCAUGGAAGUCAUUUGAUUUUCUCAUGUUUAUGUGGACACUUAGUUCAUUGACUGAUUUUCCGUAGUUGUGAAAUUUUAUUCUUAUAUUAUUUGUGGUCUGAUUGGGAUGGAAAAUUUGGUUUAAUAAUAGGUGAUUUUUUGUUUGAUUCAUGAUGUGGGGUAGAUGAAAUCUUGAUUCUUGAGCAUUUCUUAUUGUCAUUGGAAGUAGUAAAUUAAUUUUCAUAUAACAUCUUGGAUUGCUACGAAGGGGUGACUAAAAGUAAUUGGUAAAAUUGUUGUUAUGUGUGACUAGAAGGUCAUGGGUUUAUGGCUUGAAAAUAAUAUUUUGUAGAAAUGUAAGGUAAAACUGCUUACAAUCGACCUUUAUAAUUGGACUCUUC